GUGUGUGUGGGUUAGAUUAUUCUUAUCUUAAUAGUUUAUUUCAUCUGGGUUUUUUCUUCAAAGUAAUGAUUGUAUUGCAGCAAGAGAAGUCUCUCAAAACGCAAAAAGACAGUUUAUUUUUGGGGUGAGAAUGAGACUUCUAAUACUAAACAUCCUCUCAAGCGGCGCUGGAAGGUGUUGCUGUGUUCUCUUAAUAUGACAAAAUACAUCCAGCUGUUAACUAAAUCACUGACGACUGGAUCCUUCCCACUCCUGUCCAGUAGGUGGCGGAAUGCACAAUAUAAGUUUGUUCGCCCACCGCCAAAACAUUCCAGAAGAAGAAGACGAAUCAGAAUCGUUUGGCGCGGGUUUCUUGUCUGUGUUUAAUUUAAACCGUUUUUGUUUUCUUUUUCAUCAUUUCGCGCUAUCGUGUUUUUGUUUGUAGUAUUUUCAGUUUUCCUUCUGCCGAAGUCUCAUUUGAUUGUAGAACGCUGUAGUUCUUUAUUCUAAAGACAGCAAGCGGGGUCCAUCCCCAUCGGAUCCGCCUCCAAAUAAUCCAGUGCUCUUCCACUAAGAUGUAUCACUGCUCCCAGUGUGGGAAGAGUUUUACUCGUCAGUGGCAUCUCCACCGACACAAGCUCAUCCACACAGGUGAGAAGCCGUAUCACUGUUCGCUGUGUGAGAAGAGUUUUACUCGUCAGAGUGGUCUCCGACAUCAUGCGUACAUUCACACAGGAGAGAAGCCAUAUCAUUGUGGACAGUGUGGGAAAAGUUUUACUCGUCAGAGUCAUCUCAAAAUACACAAGCGUAUCCACACAGGAGAGAAGCCAUAUUGCUGUGGACAAUGUGGGAAAAGUUUUACUUGUCAGGGUCAUCUCAAAAUACAUGAGCGCAUUCACACAGGAGAGAAGCCGUAUCAUUGUGGACAGUGUGGGAAGAGUUUUACUUGUCCGAGUACUCUCAAAAUACACGAGCGUAUCCACACAGGACAGAAGCCAUAUUGCUGUGGACAAUGUGGGAAAAGUUUUACUUGUCAGAGUAAUCUCAAACAACACGAGCACAUUCACACGGGACAGAAGCCGUACUUCUGUGGACAAUGUGGGCGGAGCUAUACUACUUCAACUUCAUUAAGGAUGCACAAGUGCUCUAACAUAAAGCCGUCAGAUUUUGUAUCUUAAUUUGACGAAUUCACACGUUUUUAAUUUUCAUUUUUUAAAGAGGUAAAGAGAUUCAGGCAUAAAACUGUAGUAUAUUAUUUGUCAUGGAUUGUAGUAUUCUGUUGCUUGGGACAUUACUUACUCUCUGGGUUUUAGCAGAAUUCAUGAUUUUAUGUUGUUUUCCCCCCAAACGCUACAAUAUCAAGCAUGGAAUACACAUUUAACCAGUGGGAAUGCCCACUUUAAUCAACCAAUCCAGACCUCUGAGUGAGACACAUGACUCGGACAUCUCCCUCUAACGUAAGACUUUUCAUUUUAAAUGAUUUGUAAAUGCGAGCUAGAAUUUGUUUUAUAAAAUGUCAUGUGUGUACUAUCGAACUGGACACCUUUCCAAGCCAACAGAAGAUGGUUUUGUUUACGGGCAAUUUGAAGAGAUAAUUCUUGUCCAAGUUGCUCCAUCUUUGCAGCGUCCAUUUAACUAUAGCUAACUCCACUGUAUGGCCAGAAGUAUGGGGAUGCCUGACCACCACACCCAUAUAUGCCUUUUGAACAUCCUCUGAUGGAACGGUAUCCAGUCCAUGGUCCCUUGAGCCCAGUGUUUGAUAUAGUUUUCAGAUUUACUGCAACCCUGACCAGGAUACACAAUAAGAUCAAUGAAUGGAUUUUUGUUGCAUAUAUGUUUCUUUAAGAAAUAAGAAAAUGUUUGUAUGACCUGCAAGUCUUCGAAUUUUUACUGCAGGAUCACUGUCACAACCGUGCAUAUACAGUGAAUGGAGCAUUGUGAGAGUCCAUUACCAGGGGUCUGGGUUUGAUGACUCCUUCACUUUAGUAAAUCACUUGUUUAAUAAAUCAGCAAGUUUAUACUUUCCUUAUUAAUCAACAAAAACUCUUCUUAAUGCAAAUCAUAAAUGGGUUUUCUCAUAGUUGUGUAAUUUCCUGUGUUGUAAUAAAAUGUGAAAAACUAUAUUUAUAAAUCUUUAGAUGCUUUGCUUGGACACUCGCAGAUAAACAUAUGCAUAUUAAUCAUUCAUGUUUCUCCAACUUGAAUAAAGCUUACCUGUGUGAUAUUUUGUGCUCUUUUUCAUAGAAGAUCAGGUUGCCUUUCAUCAGCUGCUGAAAAGCCAGUUGUCCCAAGUUUGAGGAGCAGUUCUUUAUCACGCUCCAUCUUCUUUGAGUACUAUUCUCUUAUGAUGUUUGUCUAAAUGAUCAGGAAGUGUGUGUACAUUUGAGUCAGAGUCUUGGGGACUCCACUCUCUGCUUCAACCAACAUUCUCUCUAGAACAGUGGCUGAAAUCCAGCAGAAGACUGGGAUGUGGUACAUGAUGUAGAGGCUUCUUAAUGACUUGUGUGAUGAUGUUGUUGUCCAGAAUCUGAUCACUGAUCCACUUCCUGAAGUACUCCUCCUUCUCUGGGUCAUUGAACCCUUGUACGUCGUCUGUGACUCGAUCGACACACUCGGAGGGGAUUUGAUCAGGUGCUGUUGGUUGGGAGGUGAUCCAGAUGAGAGCAGAGGGUAGCAGAUUACCUAAGCAGAACGACAUCCUCAGCGAAUCUUGGCAUAGUGGCUUCCACAGCAGUGUGGGGAAGCAUAACGGAGCUUUUCGGCUGCAACAGGAGGUGGCUGAGUGG